GCCAGGGAGGAAGCAGUGCUGCCUCCUCCUCUCUGUGGCACGGCAGCGGAGGGCGCUGCUCAGAGGGGCCGGCUGCGCCCCUGCCCCUUCAGAGCCGAGCCCCCUCCUCCCGCCCGGGACCCCCCUGUUCUCCGACGCCGGAGCGAGCCCGAGGAGCGGCCCCAGGAGCAGGGGAGCAGCAGGGGGAGUGUCUCGGCUCGGAGCUCACAUGAGCUCUUAGCCUCCCAUCCCCGGUCCCCAGCAGCAGCAGGCUCCAGGUGCACAGUGCAGACAAGAGCAGGGGACCCGGCCGGCUGCAAUGGCGUCCAACAUGGACCGAGAAAUGAUACUGGCAGAUUUUCAGGCAUGUACCGGCAUUGAAAAUAUUGAUGAAGCUAUUACGUUACUUGAACAAAAUAACUGGGAUUUAGUGGCAGCUAUAAAUGGUGUAAUACCACAAGAAAAUGGCAUUCUACAAAGUGAAUAUGGUGGAGAGACUUUGCAAGGACCAGCCUAUGGUCCCACAAGUCAUCCUACAGCAUCUUCUUCAACUCCUUCCUCAUCCUCAGCGUUUCGACAUGUAGUGCCAUCCCGACAAAUAGUGGAAAGACAACCACGGAUGCUUGACUUCAGGGUUGAAUACAGAGACAGAAAUGUGGAUGUAGUACUUGAAGACAGCUGCACAGUUGGAGAGAUCAAACACAUUUUAGAAAAUGAACUUCAGAUUCCUGUAUCGAAAAUGUUGUUAAAAGGCUGGAAGACUGGAGACGUAGAUGAUAGUACUGUAUUAAAAACUCUACACUUACCAAAAAAUAACAGUCUUUAUGUUCUAACACCUGAUCUUCCACCACCUUCUUCAAGUAAUUCUGGUGCCCUGCAGGAGUCAUUAAAUCAAAACUUCAUGCUGAUCAUCACCCAUCGAGAAGUCCAGCGGGAGUACAACCUCAACUUCUCAGGAAGCAGUACCAUUCAGGAGGUAAAGCGGAAUGUGUAUGACCUAACUAGUAUCCCUGUUCGUCACCAAUUGUGGGAAGGCUGGCCUCCUUCUGCCACAGACGACUCAAUGACUCUAGCUGCAUCGGGGCUCACUUAUCCUUGCCAUCGACUUACCGUAGGAAGAAGAUCUUCACCUGCACAAACCAGAGAACAGUCAGAGGAGCAAUGCACUGAUGUUCAUAUGGUGAGUGACAGCGAUGGAGAUGACUUUGAAGAUGCUACAGAGUUUGGAGUUGAUGAUGGAGAGAUGUUUGGUAUGGCAUCAUCUGCCUUGAGGAAAUCUCCAAUGAUGCCAGAAAAUGCUGAAAAUGAAGGAGAUGCCUUAUUACAAUUUACAGCAGAAUUUUCCUCAAGAUAUGGUGACUGCCAUCCUGUUUAUUUUAUUGGGUCACUAGAGGCUGCUUUUCAAGAAGCCUUCUAUGGAAAAGCCAGAGAUAGAAAGCUUCUUGCUAUCUACCUCCACCAUGAUGAAAGCGUACUAACCAAUGUGUUCUGCUCACAAAUGCUUUGUGCUGAAUCUAUUGUUUCAUAUCUGAGUCAGAACUUCAUAACCUGGGCAUGGGAUAUGACAAAAGAAGCAAACCGAGCAAGGUUUCUGACAAUGUGCACUAGACAUUUUGGGAGUGUUGUAGCCCAAACAAUUCGAACUCAGAAGACGGAUCAGUUUCCACUUUUCCUUAUUAUUAUGGGAAAACGAUCGUCUAAUGAGGUGUUGAAUGUAAUACAAGGUAACACAACAGUGGAUGAACUAAUGAUGAGACUGAUGGCUGCAAUGGAGAUCUUCAGUGCUCAGCAGCAAGAAGACAUAAAGGAUGAGGAUGAACGUGAGGCCAGAGAGAAUGUGAAGAGAGAACAGGACGAAGCUUACCGCAUUUCACUAGAAGCUGAUAGAGCAAAGAGGGAAGCACAAGAGAGAGAACAAGCAGAGCAGUUUCGUUUGGAGCAGAUUCGAAAAGAACAGGAGGAAGAACGUGAGGCUAUCAGGCUAUCUCUAGAGCAGGCUUUGCCUCCAGAGCCAAAAAAAGAGAGCACUGAGUCCGUCAGCAAACUGCGUAUCCGAACACCCAGCGGAGAGUUCUUUGAGCGGCGAUUCCUGGCCAGCAGUAAGCUGCAGGUUGUCUUUGAUUUUGUAGCUUCCAAGGGAUACCCUUGGGGAGAGUUCAAGCUGCUGGGCACCUUUCCAAGGAGAGAUGUGACUCAGUUGGACCCAAAUAAAUCAUUACUGGAGGUAAAACUGUAUCCUCAAGAAACCCUUUUCCUAGAGGCAAAAGAAUAGAUCAAAACAGAUUGCAGGACUCGUAAUCCUUUGAUAAGACAGAGGCACAGCGUUGGGAGAAAGGCUUCUAGCAAAACCACCUUCUACUAUCAUCCAAUUCAAUGCAGUGUCACAACUCUGCCUCUUGCAAGAAUCCUGAAAAAAGAAUAAACCUAGCUACUUAAAGUUUCACAUACAUGAGUAUAUGUUUCCAACCUCGUUUAAAUGAGCAGAGGAUAAUAUUCUGUUAUGAACACUGAACAUUACGAUUCUGUUGCUCACUUCUCAUCUGGCUUUUGUUAUAAUUAAUGCACUGUUAAAAUGUGAGUGAUUGUUAAGUAGAAUUUUUACUCCUCAAAUGCCCCUUUUUCACCAAGAAAUCUUGGACAUUUCUGCCUGUACUUUUGACACUAGAAUGCUGUAUAUUUGAUAUCUCGCUGAGCCAGCGCUCUCAUAUAUAUGCAUUUUACUCUGUGUUUGAAUUUCUACUUUGCCACCUAAUUUGAAGAGGCAGAAAAAAUUAAAUGGGACAUUCUCAAACAUGGAAAUUUAACAGUAUUAUAGUAGAAAGCAAAUAAUUUUUGUUGGUACUUUCUGACUUCUUUGAUAAGAUGUAAGGUUUUGUUUGAAGAAUAUAGUUUGACAUAUAUGCAAGAUAUUUAUUUACUGGUUCUGCUUUGGGUCUCGAUUCUAAUUCAGUUUAGGAAGUAUUUUCCAUUACAUUGCAGUGUGUGAAACUGCUUAUUGCAUGAUGUGAAUAUUUAAAUAAUGUUAGAAAUGGGCCAGUACCAGAAACCUGGUAUCUUGCCAACACUUCAGGAAUCAGCUGAUAUUGAGUAUCAGCUGUUAAAAAUCUUUCAAAUACCAGAUACAAAAGUUCUCUAUUCCUCAUUGUGGAAGAAAUGGUAGUUCCCAUUUUUGCAUUUUUCCUUCUUUCUGGCACUUGUUUGUAUCCUAUUACUCUGCUGUUUUUAAAGCACCUUGUUUGUUUCACCAAAUGAUAAAUAUCUAAAGAGAUGGUGUAAUAAGAAAUCUGCCUUAUUAUUGCACACUUUUUUGACAUUUUAACAAGAGAUU